AUGUUGUUUGUUUAUUUCGAGAAUGACCGAAUUUGCACGCUACAACUCGAAAAUAGUGGCCGCGCCGCCCGCAGUCCGCGUGCGGUUGUCCUAAAAAGUUGGGUUUAUUUCUCUGCUUCGGUCGCGUCGGGAUUCGAAGAAACAGCUCAUCUUGGGCUUGCUGGUUUACCAUCUACGCUGAAGAAAGUGGUCGGAGGGGUAAUUGAAGUGUGA